GCUCAGAGCAGUUGACAGAGGUGACAUUCAUGCAUCACUCGUGUGGAAUAAGUACAAAAGACCGUUCAAAGUCCGGAUAUUUGUGUAAUUAUCAGCAUGCCCUGUGUGCAAACCCAGAUUGGGAUCCUGCCCAAUGACAGCCUCAGCUCUGAGUUCUUAAACACUGACCUCAAUGCCAAACUGGCAAUGGACAUCAGUGACCAGAAGGAGCAGCUGUCUGCUUCUUCGUUGCCCAGCAUCAACACCUUGGUUGCCGGUGGCUACGUGGGGGAGUUUGAUGCCUACUCCUGCAAGGUCACCUCCACAGCCCCCGGCCCAAGUGUCUCCUUCAGCCCUUCGCCAGUAGCUGGCGGCUCCAGCCCUCACCAAAACCUCAAGCUGGAUGACUUCCAGGUGUACGGCUGCUACCCGGGCUCCUUCGCGUUUGGCUACCUGGACGAGACCCUGUCCUCGUGCGGCUCGGACUACUACAACAGCCCGGUCUACGCCGCCGCCGCCUCGCCGUCGACGCCCAGCUACCAGCCCCCGGCCUCCAACAUAUGGGACGCCUUCAGCCCCUACUCCUCGGCCCCCUCGUCCGCAGCGGUGGAGAAGGCGGUCCUAGCACAUCAGCUCUCCUUUUUCACCUUCAACCACCCGACAGAGGAGCUCUCCCCCUUGGGCCAGGGGCAGGACCAGGUCACAGAAGACCCAUUCUCCCUAGUAGCCUGUCAGCAGUAUGCAUCCCCUCUCUGCUGCCCCCCCAUUUCCCCAGACCAAGGGGGUCUAGGGAGCCCUCGGUCGAUGGAGGGGAACAUGACGUCCCCGCAGACCUGCAGCCCGGCGUCCGGGGACGGUCGCUGUGCGGUGUGCGGGGACAACGCAUCAUGCCAACACUAUGGAGUGCGCACAUGUGAGGGCUGCAAAGGCUUCUUCAAGCGCACUGUGCAGAAAAACGCUAAAUAUGUGUGCCUCGCAAACAAAGACUGUCCCGUGGAUAAGAGGCGAAGAAACCGAUGUCAGUUCUGCCGUUUUCAGAAGUGCCUUAGUGUCGGAAUGGUCAAGGAAGUUGUCCGUACAGACAGCCUGAAAGGACGCCGGGGUCGUCUUCCGUCUAAACCCAAGACGGUUUCAGAAGCUUCUCCCACCAGCCCUCCUGUUAACAUCAUAGCCUCGCUUGUCCGGGCCCAUUUGGACUCAAACCCAACCUCGGGGAAGCUAGACCACUCAAAGUACCAGGAGACAGUGGUAAGCAUGUCGGAGAAGGAGGAUUCAGGGGAUAUCAAGCAGUUCUACGACCUGCUAUCUGGUUCCAUGGACGUGAUCAAAAAGUGGGCCGAGACCAUACCAGGGUUCACAGACUUUUGCAACGAUGACCAGGAGCUGCUCCUGGAAUCGGCCUUUGUUGAACUCUUCAUCCUUCGAUUGGCCUAUAGGUCAAGUCCUGAGAAGAGCAAGCUGAUCUUCUGCAACGGCAUGGUCCUCCAUCGCAUGCAGUGUGUCCGCAGUUUUGGGGACUGGAUAGACUCCAUCAUGGAUUUCUCUCAGAACCUCCAUCGUAUGAAUCUGGACGUGUCCUCCUUUUCCUGUCUCGCAGCACUUGUCAUCAUCACAGAUCGCCAUGGCCUUAAAGAACCGACGCGGGUUGAGGACUUUCAAAACCAUCUGAUCACUUGUUUGAGGGAACACAUGAGCGGAAAUGGAUCGUACAAUAUCCGAACCCAACCCAACUACCUUUCAAAACUACUAGGCAAACUUCCUGAAUUGAGGACACUGUGCACCCAGGGCCUGCAGCGCAUCUUCUACCUGAAACUAGAGGACCUUGUCCCCCCUCCGCCUAUUGUGGAGAAAAUCUUCAUGGAUACCCUACCCUUCUGAAAGACAAAAAACUCAGUAUCAGAAAACUCAAUAUUGUAAAAGGGUGAUCACUUUUUAAGUGUGGAUCCAACCCUGGGGAAAAAAAGUUAUUCUGGGUUCUUCUCUGUUGCCCAUGGUUGGAUGAGUAUCUGCUCCCCCUAGGUCAACCCUUUUCUAUUGCACUGGCUUGGUAUGGCCUGGUGAAAGGGUCUUGAAAAGUAUUGGACUUGGAAUACUACAAAUAUCAAGUACAAGUACAAAGCAAUUGAUAUGUUUAUAUAUCAGCCCCUCACAUUUUUUUUUACGUCUGAAGGCAUUAGACAUGGAAUAGACAUGUUUAUACAAAGAAAAUGGCUGAUUACAAAAAGACAGAAUCAACAUCUGAUUCAGAUUUUCAUCACUUUUGUUUGACAUGCAAAAAACGACUAGCUCUGGAGAUGCAGACAGAGUUCUCAACUCUGUGUAUGUACUUCUUAUUUAGACAAAGUUAUGUAUUUACAAACAAUAUUUGUAUUGAAAAUGAACCUGCUGACGGUCUCGGACCAAAGUUUACAACCAUAUUGUGGUUUUGAUUACAAUCAUAAAUGCCUUAAAUAAUUCAAAAUAUAUACACCGUAUUUGGUCUUCUGCCAUGUUCAAUGUUAAGCAUAGGCAGUUUGGUUUUCCCAUUGCCCAGAGCUAGAACUAUCAUAAACUAGCUCUUUAGAUAUAAUCUAUUUUGUUUGUGAGAAGCAAAGAUGAGUGUUUUUUUUAGCGCAAUUAGUGUCAUGUCUCAAAUUCAAACUAAGUCAUAUAGAAGGUGCAUUGAUGCCACUCUCCAGCUCCAUUCCAAACAGAACCGACCAAGGCCAUCGGUUUAAUAUGGCUAUGAAUCAAUCCCUUACAAGACUUCUCUGGCAUUAUAAACAGGUACAGUCAUAUAGACAAUCCUCUCAUACUUCCCCUUAUACAUGGAUUCAUAUUAUUUUUCAAGAAUAACAACACUUUUAACUUAAUUCAUAACUAUAAAUGACAAUAUUUUUUUAAUUUGAGACGUAUCCAUUGCCCGAUCCACUGACCGUUACACUGAAACAUUCAAUAACAUAAUUGUGUGAGUUUUAUUUUUGUAUAGUAAGCUUUGUCAUAAUGUGUUGUCUUAUACAUUCUCUUCAAUGGUCAUAACUUCAGCUUCUAUAUAUUUGGUUAGCUUUUCAUCUAUAAAAGAAAUACACAUGAAAGUAACUUAUCGCUGACAUUAGUGAUAAAACAUGAGCAGCUAUACAAUUAAAAUAAAAAAGUCUCAAAUCUAUUCGGAACAUAGGCUGUUUAUUAGCUCAAGGCUUUGAAUGGGUAAUAUUUUAUUGUCACCAGGAAGCUAUGUAUAGUAAUUAAACAAAACAAUACAAAAUACAUCAUGGUUGAUAAUAAAAUCUAUUAAAACGUAUCGCUUUGAGGUUACAUCCGAACAUUUUUGUUUCCUUUAGGUAAGAUUAAGUAACCAGCUGUUGAGUCAGUAUUUGUAUUUUUAAAGAUUAAAUGCAGGAUUUCCCCAGAGCACAUGAUUUCAUAACAUAAAAUAAAUGCUCUUAUAUAGAGGCUGACCCCGCUUUUCACCUCAUCUCACUAGAGUCAGCUGAGGUAAAAUGCCGUAAUACCAAAAAUGGUCUAAGUAUAGAAAUACUAUUUCAUGUAGUUUGCGUGCGGUAUGAAGUAUCAAGCUCCCCCAAAAGAUGACCAUCAAAUCCUGGUUCCCUUGGAACACUAUGUCCUACCCCAUGCAUGAAGGCGGCACACCUUCUGACAGUAAACAUAGUUGACUGAAGCCUAGGAUAUCAUCACACCCUGUGUUAUUAUGGGCACCCCAUCCCCGGCGGGGAGGGGGAGAGGGAAGAGGGCUACCCUGAGAGACUUGCAGCCACAGCACACUGUACCAGGCCCACCCAUCGGCCUGUCACCCGAUCCCACUGUACAGAACACCAAGCUCCUCUGGACUAUGGCGUUGGCACACCAAGUGGAAAAAGUGGUUACGGGCGAACGACAGAGAGGGAGGAGGGGUGGUAGGGGAUAAAGGUUAUUCAAUUAAACAUGAUUGUUAUUAAACGAAUAAGCUUUCAAACCCGCACAGCCUUCAUGUUUAGUGAACCCUGGUUGCUCCUCCGUGGAAGGGUGUAUACGACUGGAGAGACCCUUCUGACAACAAAAAUUAAUUAUAUUUCAUUCAAUUAUAUGAAAUUGAAUUAUAUUACAUUCGGUUAGAUUACAUUCAAUUAUAUUAUGUUAAUUUGGGACAUUCAAUAUGGUCAAUCUCAAAUCACAUAUCACCUCAAAGGCCAUUUUCCAUGAAUGUUCUUAACUAUUGGCAGUCACACUUUCACAGGAUGAAAGUCUUAUUUACAGUACUGAGGAUAUGCCGUCUGGAACCAGGGCUGAUCCUAAGUCCCGUAGGAGCA